ACACACGCAGUGAUACAUAUACCUAAACAUUUACAUACCUAGGUAUAUAUAUGUAGGUAUAUAUAUCCAUCGUACGUAUUGUGAAUAAACACCACGCUGUCUACACUACCCAAAACAUCAGGUACCUACCUGUACUUAUUCUCCAUGGCCAAAACCGAAUCCAAAACGACCAAGGCUAAUUUACUACCACCCCCUAUCCAUAUCAAUCCGCCACUCCUCAACUCGGCAAACCCGUGGGCGACGACGCAAGAGGACCUCGAGGCUUUAUUCGAUUGUCCGUCUACAGGCGCGGUGACGACGCGAACGGCGCUGCUGCGCGGGUUUGCGCACGAUCCGGCGAGGCAUCGGUAUGCGUUUUUUGAUUCGGGAACACAUACUGUUGGUAUUACUACUUCUGUCUCUGGCGGCUUGGUUGGGAAUGUGAGUGCGAAUGCGAAUGCUAGCUUGAAUAAUAUGGGGUACAGCCCCGUGACGCUGGAUGAGUACUUGGGGUUUAUCGAGGCGAUAGUAGUGGGGGGUAGGGAAAAGGAGAAGGGGGAAGGGGAAGGAAAAGGGGUAGAGAAGUUGAAGUUGUUUAUGGUCUCGGUCACGGGGACACCGGAAGAAGUCGCCGAGUGCUACAGGCGGAUCGCGGCUCUGGCGGCGAGGAUCGAUGCGCCGCUCGCCACGGAGAUUAAUCUCAGCUGUCCGAAUAUCCCCGGCGCGCCGCCGCCGGCGUACUCUGCCGAGGGGUUGGGGUUGUAUCUGCGCGCCGUGGCGCGGGCUACUGCUACGGGGGGGCGAGAAGAAGGAACUUGUUGUUGUGAUUGUGAAGUGCCGUGGGGUAUCAAGAUCCCGCCGUAUACGCACGCUGGCCAGUUCGAUAUGCUGGUGGACGCGCUGCGGGGAGAAGCACUUGGACUUGGUCCGGGGGGCCGUUGUCCGGCGAGUUUUGUUACGGCGACGAAUACCCUGGUACACCCCCUAGCACUAGGUAACGUGGCGACGCUCCGGCGGAUGUUCGAUGCGUAUCCGGAGACUUCGCACGUGCAGAUAAUAGGGGUCGGGGGUGUUGAGGAUGCGGCGGGGUAUAGGCGGAUGAGGGAUGUAGGGGCGGCGGCUGUUGGUGUAGGGACUGCGCUUGGGAGGAAGGGGGUUGGGGUCUUUGGUGAAAUUGAGGAUGGACUGAGGGCGUUAUCAGGGGAUAGGGAGGGGGAGGGAGUUAGGUGGUGA